GCUGUGAAGACACAGUCUGUGUGGCUGUUACAUCCACACUAAUCUUCACGGCUAAUCCAUCAAUCUCUGCACGGUCGGAUCAUUCUCCCCUCCAUCUUUUCUUUUUUCUCUUAUGUGUCUCUGCUAUGUGGAGCGGAUUUAUAAUUUCACAAUAGCCCACAAACCUUCAACAACGCCUGGAUGUCUCGAGGAUUUAAGAGUCUGCAAAGCAUCCGAGUGCAAAGCAAAGGGGAUCUAACAUACAAGAGAGGAUUAAGUGGAUAUUGCAUGAUGCAUAUCCUUCUUCUGCAGCACUAAGGCACAUCGGGGGUCACUACACAUUUUGCACUUCCAUCUGCUUCAAAACGCCAGGAUAAAUAUUUAUUAUCUGCAGCUGACUACCCUGGAUAUCUACAAAACCUGCGAUCCAGCAUUAUUAUUGUUAUUGUGGGAUUUGUAUGUUGUUGCUGCUCUCUUUGCUGUUUAUUUUUUUUUGUUUGUUUAAUUUGCCGUGUGGAGUUUACAAGAAAAAAAUAACCAAGAAAUUUCAAUCUUUGUAUCAAUAUUUAAAUUUAAUAUUUUCUUGGAUUCCUCGUGAUUUGAAAAAGCUGCCCCAGAGGCUUGAAAAAUAAAUUGAAUUUUCUCUGCUAUGAAAAAAUAUAAAUAAGACAAGCUUUUCUUACGAUUGCUAGAUCCUGCAAAAACUGGAGUGCUUCUGUGAUAUAAAAGAGGAUUUGUGCUUCUAAUUUAAGAGGGUUUUCUCAUCUGCCUGGAAAAUAAUUUCUAAAGCUUUGGUUACAUUGUUUUAAUUGUGUGCAUGGAUUCACUCAAGUCAGUGUAGUAAGAGCACACACUAAUUAUAUGAAUGGCUUUUUAAUGACCAGAAAUUCAAAGUGACUUUUUUUUGUCAUUAGAUUUUUUUUCUUUUUUAUAUUCAAUCAGAGAUUUGAAGGCAUAUUUUUUUUUUUUUAAUUACUUUAUGGCUUGGAUUGAGUUCUAAGUUUGCAUGAAGAUACUAUUUACUGUAUCAAAGGAGCUAGCGAACUGGACGUCUUUUGAAAAUUUAUGAGUGACCAUCUGCCCAGCUGACCUCACAUCCUUUUAACCAUGUUGGCCUGUCUUCAAAGAACCCAAAAUCCUCCAGUCAAGCACCCUGUAUGUGUGAACAAGGGACUGGAACCUCGAAAGUGUGAAUCUGUUGCACCAAUGCAGAGUCAAAGGUACCCCAGCCCUGCAGAGCUAGACGCAUAUGCACAGAAAGUGGCUAACAACCCCUUGUCCAUAAAAAUCUUCCCUACUAACAUCAGGGUUCCCCAGCAUAAGCACCUAAACAGGACUGUGAAUGGUUAUGACACAACUGGCCAGCGUUAUAGUCCCUACCCAAUGCACACUGGUGGAUACCAAGGGCUACUGGCUAUUGUCAAAUCCUCUACGAAAAGUGUAGUGAAAAAUGUAGAGGGCAAGCGGACUAAAGUAACUUCUGCUCAGAUUGGAAUUGCCCCAUACCCAGUAUCAAGCACUUUAACACAAGGCCAAUCUUGCAAUGGACAGCUCAGUUAUCUUGGAAACCAGAAGCAGCUAGAUGCACCAGUACCACCCAAUGUGACAGUGGCAGCGUCCAUUAUCCCAUUAUCGGGCAGGAACUUGGCACUCCAGCAGUCCAAUCUACCAUCUAUCCAGAGCAUCAUUUAUCAGAUCAACCAACAGUGCCAGGCUCAGGCCUCUCACCAGGCUUGCCAGGGUUUAAUGUUAACCAACUCCAGCCCUGCGAAGCAGAGCAUGGCCAAUGGGUUCACCACUAUGGCAACGGGUGCUGUAGCUUAUACUGGUACUGUCUUACAAGACUGCAGAGUGGGGAAUGAGCUGGCACUGGGAACGGCCCCUACGGUGGCCAAAGUAGGAUCUUACCAAGAUGGCAUGGACUACUUGAUUUGGCAACAAAAACAGCAGCAGCUGCGGAUAUACAGUGGAGGUAGUGGGGGUGGUGGAGUAGUCAGCAAAUCACCUGAAAUGUGCCCUGGUGUGUCUCGCCAGUAUACUUUAGCCAGCACAGUGGAAAAAGUUAGCUCAUCCCCUUUGAACUGUGUCGGCAUGCAUGGCAAUUUUUCAGUGGGGCAGUACUUUGCUCCCCCUUGGAACAGCAUUUUGGUGACACCCAACAGUGACUGUUACAACCCACAGGAACUUGUUAAUGGGCACAGGGAUUUGGGAGUACAUGGAUCAGACGGGCUCGCCAGCAUCCCCAGCAAGACCCUUUGCAAUACUUCAAUUCUUAGCAGUAGCCUUCAGUCCUUGGAGUAUCUCAUUAAUGACAUUCACCCACCCUGUAUCAAAGAGCAAAUGCUUGGCAAAGGCUAUGAAACAGUGUCAGUGCCAAGGCUUCUAGAUCAUCAGCAUGCUCACAUCCGCCUGCCUAUUUACAGAUAAAAGAUGAUGCCCAUUUUUACUAGAAAGAAGCCAACGCUGUUUCUGUAUACUAAAAUAUUUAGUGCUACAAAGGCAUGUUUAACAAGAUCAGAUUGCAGGGCUAGGAGGAUAGACAAUCAGUUAGCGUAUUCUGAUGGAGCAUACAGCACUGUCGGACAUUUUAGCAGCCAAAGGGUUAGACCCUUCCAGUACAAGCAGAGCAGCUGCUGCCCUCUGGAGCUCAACUGGUUAAUACAGAUAUACCAUUUUAAUAGCGUGUAAUGGCAUAACCCUGGUCUAACACUAUGGCAUGAAAUACUACUGCUAUGGAGUGGGGGACCCUCUCAUUAAUUCUGCAGAGGUGCAAGUUUCAGUUGCCCCAAAUGAUUUUAUUGUUUAAUUUUGUCACCUGGAAAAGAAGAUUAUAUAUAUAUAUAUUUUAUUUAAUAAAACAAAUCAGCAUGGUUUUAUUUCAA